GUGACCUGUUCCUGGUGCAAGAAUGCCAACCUUAGAUGAUAUUCUAGAGCAGAUUGGAGAGUUUGACUUGUACCAGAAAAGAGCAUUUUUUGUCCUGUGUUUGCUGUCUGCUGCCUUCACACCCAUCUAUGUUGGUAUCGUAUUCUUAGGUUUUACUCCUGAGCAUCGUUGCCAGACUGCUGGGCUUCCUGAAUUAACAGCCAGAUGUGGCUGGAGCCUUGAAGAGGAGCUGAAUCAUACCCUUCCAAAGAAAGAAACCCAUGGGGAUGUUUUCAUUAGUCAGUGCCAGAGAUACAAUGUGGACUGGAAUGUAUCUGAGCUCAAUUGCACAAAUCCAAUUAAUUUUUUCACUGCUGAUAGCAAUGUCAGCCACAUUCCUGUUGUUGCAUGCCAAGAUGGUUGGAUUUUUGAUUUCCAUGGAUCAUCCAUUGUGACUGAGUUUAACCUGGUGUGCAAAGAUGCUUGGAAACUGGAUCUAUUUCAGUCAUGCGUGAAUGUGGGCUUUUUUCUUGGUUGUGUAAGCAUUGGCUACCUGGCAGACAAGUUUGGCCGAAAACGGUGCUUACUAAUUACCAUCCUAAUAAAUUCUAUCUCUGGUGUUCUUGUGGCUGUUGUCCCUAGUUACACAUGGGUAGUGGUUUUUCGCUUGAUACAAGGAUCGGUCAGCAAAGGAGGCUGGUUAACAGGAUAUAUCUUGAUUGCAGAGUUUGUUGGUGUGAACUACAGAAGAACAGUUGGCAUUGUUUAUCAAGUGGCCUUCAGUGUUGGACUCCUCAUACUUGCUGCUGUUGCUUAUGGAAUUCCUCACUGGAGAUGGCUUCAGCUUGCUGUCACAUUGCCAAAUUUCUUCUUUUUGCUCUAUUAUUGGUGUCUUCCAGAAUCCCCAAGAUGGUUGAUAGCCCAGCAGGAAAAUGACAAAGCUCUGAAAAUUAUUAAGCGUAUAGCUAAGGGGAAUCAAAAGACGCUGCCACCAUCCAUGGAGAAACUUCGGCCUGAGGAAGAAAUAAGCGAUAAGCCUAGCCCUUCCUUUAUAGACCUGGUGAGAACACCACAGAUAAGGAAACAUACAUUAAUCUUAAUGUACACUUGGUUUACCAGUGCUGUAGUGUAUCAGGGCCUCAUCAUGCAUCUGGGAAUUGGUGGAGGCAACAUUUACCUGGACUUUUUCUAUUCUGCUCUUGUGGAAUUCCCUGCUGCCAUCAUACUCAUAGUCACAGUUGACCGUAUAGGCCGCCGUUUUCCCUGGGCUGUGGCAAAUUUUAUGACAGGAAUUGCCUGUCUCAUUACUGCCUUAGUUCCUGAAGAUCUCUAUUGGCUAAAAAUGACUGCAGCUUGCCUUGGCAGGCUGGGUAUUACCAUGUGCUAUGAAAUGGUUUGCUUAGUCAAUGCAGAACUCUAUCCAACUUUCCUCAGGAACCUGGGGGUUCUUGUCUGCUCUUCCAUGAGUGAUAUUGGGGGGAUCAUAACUCCGUUCAUUGUCUAUAGGCUGGCAAACAUUUGGCAUGAACUUCCGCUUAUCGUCUUUGCUGUCAUUGGCCUUGUGGAUGGUGGUCUGGUUUUGCUCUUACCUGAAACCAAAGGGAAAACUUUACCUGAGACUAUUCAUGAUGCUGAAAAUCUGCACAGACCAGGGAGGCCCAAAGAAAAAAUGAUUUAUCUUCAUGUGCAGAACUCAGAUGUGUCAACUUACUGAAGAACAACUGUGUUCCCCACAAGUUUCCAUGGAUGCGUAAGGAGAGAAAAGCAAAAGGGUGGAUACAAGCACAACUCUUCAGUUUUCUCAGAAAUGUUUAAACAUUCAAUAUCUUCUGCUUUCUGUCUCCACUAAGACUGUCAUACAUUCCAGGGAAUUCUGUGGUCCUGGUAAACAUUUUAAAGCUUUCCCCUCCAGUUAUGUAAUCUGGCUUGAAUUUCUCGGAUUGGAGAAACUGGGCUAGAGACGGUGCUCAUUAAUAGCCUAAAAUGCAACAUGUAAAUUAUGUCUUUAUAUAUAAGCCCCAUUGAGUCUAAUAGGCCAUAUGACUUUGUUGAUAAAACUGCAGACUUAAGGAACCAUACGUGGAAGGAGUCACUCAAAUGGAAAUAUAACAUAAAAUAUGAUAGAGAAAUUGACAUUGUUUGAAAGCUUGAUUUCAAUCUGUUCCUAUUUUUUCCCUUAAGCUUGUUCUGUUUCAUUUAUCCGCUGAUGUUUUCUGUUUCUCACACACAAAUGUAUCUGCAUUUUCAUGAACAUUUCUUUCAAAUACACAAUACUGUUAGCAAGGUUCCUAAUAUUCAGAUCUCUGUUAGAACUUUUCAGAAAGAACCAGCAUUCUGGGCCAGGGAUGUCCCUUGGCUUAGGAAAGAUAAACUAGAGGACACUAACCAAAUAGUAAUGCAUAGUCCCAAAACAUCCACCAGAGUUUCAUUUUAUUCUGCUUAUAGGUAGUCUUCAUUUAGCAAUCAAAAUUGGGGCUGAUGAUUCAAUCGUGCAGCAAAAUAACCACUAAGUAAAACUGCAAUUGUGCUUAUGAUCUUACUUCAAAUUUCCUUUGAUGUACAAGGUCAUAAAUACAAGGACCAACCAUAAAGUUACUUUUUCAUCACCGUCAUAACUACAAACUGUUGUUCAACAAGGCAGUUGCUAAACAAGGAGUACUUGUAGUUAAUCAUGUGAUCCUCUGUCCCACUAAACAUUAUCAUUUGAUAAUAGCUUUUGGGAGCCUCCAGAGAAGGGCAGUACUCAAGAUUUCAGGAGCAAUCUGGGGCUCAGGAUCCUUAACCUAAGUGCACCCUGUGAGUGGACGGUCCCUUUUGCAACCCGGAGAUCUUUCUGUCUAUGACUGGCAAAACCGACUCUUUACAAUCAAUUUUGAGGGAGAGGCGACAAUUUAGUAUACAUUUGAAAAUAUGCUUAACCGUUGUUUCAAAAAGACAAGAAGAAAUGAGACUCUAGAAAGAGUACAGAGAAGAGCAACAAAGAUGAUUAGGGGACUUGAGGCUAAAACAUAUAAGAAACGGUUGCUGGAAUUGAGUAUGUCUAGUUUAAUGAAGAGAAGGA